AUGCCAAUAGGGUCUACUAGAAUUGGUGUCGUCUGCUUUCGCUGUUAUCAGCCGGGUCACUACAAGGCAGAAUGUCCACAGACAUCCGUUAAUUCAGGUGUAUGUUUUGGUUUGGCCAAUAGGGCCAUAGGGUUAAGGAUUGUCCAAAUCAGGGAACAGGCACUGGUAAUAGCAGAGGGUCACAACAAAGGCCGACACAGGUUAGAGGUCAGUUGCAUAGAUCAUGCGUUAUGUGUCGAUAUGCCAGUUGGGGUUUUAGUGUCCUUGAGUAGAGUUGUGAGGCAUUGUUCUAUCGUGAUAGCUGGACAGACUUUUGUGUUUGACCUUAUCCUCCUUGAGAUGACUAACUUUGAUGUUAUUCUCAAGAUGGAUUGGGUUCGUAGACGAGGUUGUGGUGACUACUUCUUCGCUAGUUUAUUAUCUAAAGAAGAUGAUGUUGUGGAAAAUGAUUAUCCGGCGGUUGUUCGUGACUUUUUGGAUGUUUUUCUGGAAGACUUGACGGAAUUACCUCCUAGAAGGGAGAUAGAGUUUACUAUUGAUUUUAUGCCCGGUACCGCGCCAAUUUCUAUGGCACUGUAUCGUAUGGCACCAGUGGAAUUAGAAGAAUUAAAUAAACAGCUUGAUGAUUUAAAGAUGAAGGGUUUUAUCUGA